CUGUGUUGUGCUGCAUGGGGUAGUGCAUUAUAAAUGCAGCCAGUGGAAGGCCCCUGAACUCAAAACUGUACCAGUCCCCAGAGUCUGUACAAGCCUCCCCAAGAUGAAGCUACCAGGCCAGGAGGAGUUCGAAGUCUCCAGUGCUUGUAAAAAUGUGCCCACAGGAGAGCUGGACAGUAGCCCUGGCUCUGGCCCCAGCCCUGAUGGCCCCUUGGACACCAAGAGAGGGGACCUGGGGGUAUCCAAGGACCCGCUGCUUUUCAUUCAGCUGAAUGAGCUUCUGGGCUGGCCCCAGGCACUGGAGUGGAGAGAGACAGGCAGGUGGGUGCUGUUUGAGGAGAAGGUGGAGGUGGGUGCGGGCCGGUGGAGUGUCCCUCACGUGCCCACCCUGGCACUGUCCAGCCUUCAGAAGCUCCACAGCCUAUUGGCCGAGGGCCUUGUGCUGCUGGACUGUCCAGCUCAGAGCUUCCUGGAGCUCGUGGAACAGGUGACCAGAGUAGAGUCGCUGAGCCCAGAGCUGAGAGGGCAACUGCAGGCCUUGCUGCUGCAGAGACCCCAGCACCUCAUCCAGCCCACAGGCACCAGGCCCUGCCAGGGAUCUGCCCAUCCAAGAGAGGCUUCUUACAAUGAGGAAGCCCUGCUGAAGGAACAGCGUCAAAACCCUCUGAGACAGAAGCUGCCUCCAGGAGCUGAAGCAGCGGCUGUGCUGGCAGGAGAGCUGGGCUUCCUGGUGCAGCCCCUGGGAGCCUUUGUGCGACUGCGGGACCCAGUGGUGCUGGGACCCCUCAUGGAGGUUCCCCUUCCCAGCAGAUUUUUCUGCCUCCUCCUUGGUCCCUCCACAGUGGGAAAGGGCUACCACGAGAUAGGCCGGGCAAUGGCUGUCCUCCUCAGUGACUCGCAAUUCCAGUGGACAGUUCGUCGGGCCAGCAACCUUCACGACCUUCUGGCAGCCUUGGAUGCCUUCCUAGAGGAGGUGACAGUGCUCCCUCCAGGUCUGUGGGACCCGACAACCCGGAUCGCCCCACCUAAAUGUCUACCCUCCCAGCACAAAAGGCUCUUCUCACAACUGAGGGAGGUCAAGGGCCCUCCUGCCCCACCUGGGGCCCUGGCUGAGGACAGGCACGGCCACUGGCUACGUACACCCAGCCCAGAGUUACAGCGGACAGGCAGGCUGUUUGGGGGCCUCCUCCAGGAUGUGCGCCGGAAGGCUUCAUGGUACCCUAGCGACUUCUUGGAUGCGCUACACCCCCAAUGCCUGUCAGCUGUGCUCUACAUUUACUUGGCCACCGUCACUAAUGCCAUCACAUUUGGGGGUCUGCUGGGGGAAGCCACCAGUGGUGCUCAGGGCGUGCUGGAAAGUUUCCUGGGCACUGCAGCAGCUGGAGCCACCUUCUGCCUGAUGGCUGGCCAGCCCCUCACCAUCCUCAGCAGCACAGGGCCAGUGCUGGUCUUUGAGCGCCUGCUUUUCUCCUUCAGUAGAGAUUACAGCCUGGACUACCUGCCCUUCCGCCUAUGGGUGGGCAUCUGGGUGGCCACAUUUUGCCUAGCACUGGUGGCCACGGAGGCCAGUGUGCUGGUCCGCUACUUUACCCGCUUCACCGAAGAAGGCUUCUGUGCCCUCAUCAGCCUCAUCUUCAUCUAUGAUGCUGUGGGCAAAAUGCUGAGCCUGACCAGUGCCUAUCCCAUCCAGAGCCCUGGCUCCCCUGCCUACGGCUGCUUUUGCCAGUAUCCAGACCCAGGAGGAAAUGAGUCUCAGUGGACAAGGACAGAACCCAAAGACAGAGAUGACAUCUCAAGCAUGGACCUAGGCCUGGUCAAUGCCUCCUUGCUGCCCCCAACUGAGUGUGCCCGGCGGGGAGGCCACCCUCGUGGCCCCAACUGUCAUACAGUCCCAGACAUCGCCUUCUUCUCCCUCCUCCUCUUCCUUACCUCCUUCCUCUUAGCCACGGCCCUCAAGCAUGUAAAGACAAGCCGCUUCUUCCCCUCUGUGGUACGCAAAGUGCUCGGUGACUUCUCCUCAGUCCUGGCCAUGCUGCUGGGCUGCGGCCUUGAUUCCUUCCUGGGUCUGGCCACGCCAAAGCUCACUGUGCCCAGUGAGUUCAAGCCCACACUCCCUGGGCGUGGCUGGCUGGUGUCACCUUUUGGAACCAACCCCUGGUGGCUGAGUGUGGCAGCAGCCCUACCUGCCCUACUGCUGUCUAUCCUCAUCUUCAUGGACCAGCAGAUCACAGCGGUUAUCCUCAACCGUGCUGAAUAUAAACUGCGGAAGGGAGCUGGCUUCCACCUGGACCUCUUCUGCGUGGCUUUGCUGAUGCUCCUCACAUCAGUGCUGGGGCUACCCUGGUAUGUCUCAGCCACAGUCAUAUCCCUGGCCCACAUGGACAGUCUUCGAAGAGAAAGAAGAACCUGUGCCCUGGGGGAGCCCUGCAGCUUCCUGGGGAUCAGGGAGCAGAGGCUGACAGGCCUGGUGGUAUUCAUCCUUACAGGAACCUCCAUCUUCCUGGCACCUGUACUCAAGUUCAUCCCAAUGCCUGUGCUCUAUGGCAUCUUCCUGUACAUGGGUGUGGCAGCGAUGAGCAGCACCCAGUUCACAAAGAGGGUACAGCUAUUAUUGAUGCCAGCAAAACACCAGCCAGACCUCCUGCUCUUACGGCAUGUGUCUCUGAGCAGGGUCCACCUCUUCACAGCCAUCCAGCUUGCCUGCCUGGGUCUGCUUUGGAUAAUCAAGUCUACCCCUGCAGCCAUAAUCUUCCCCCUCACGUUGCUGGGCCUGGUGGGGGUCCGAAAGGCACUGGAGAGGGUCUUCUCACCACAGGAACUCCUUUGGCUGGAUGAGCUGAUGCCAGAGAAGGAAAGGAGCAUCCCCGAGAAGGGGCUGGAGCCAAAGUAUUCACUUGGUGGUGAUAGUGAACAUUCAGAGCUGAUGUAUCAGCCAAAGGCUCCAGAAAUCAAUAUCUCUGUGAAUUAGCUGAAGCAGGAGUUUGGGAAUCGAGACUUCAGGAAACUGAGCAUGAGUUCACAGGUGUUACUCAAAGUCGGGAUAUUGUUGGCCUUUGGCUUAACUGCCAGAUUCUCAGUUGACCUGAAGGAGAGGGGAAGGCCUAGAGGACAGCUGGCCAAGAUUUCCGUUACCCUCCUGAGUAGUGGGUAGAGAGUGGUAGAAAAUAAGCAGGUUUGCUGGUAAGCCUGGGGAACUGACCAGGCCCCAUUCACUCUCUACCCCAUUAAAAAGACACGGAAACCCUUCCCAUUUGAGGACUUUCCGUCCUCACAAAUUCUCUUUUUCACAAUUGGGAGUCUUUAGGGAACUCUUUUCAGUUUGCAAAAGGGGAAAAAAAUCUUCCACAAAAAUUAUUCCUCUAUUUAAGUUUUUUAUACAUAUGAAAAUAAUCUUUACUGUUUUUUUUUACCACAAAAGUAAAUGAGACUAGUGCCAAAUAGCAAAACACUACAGAUAUAUAUAGUUUUGAAAUGAAAAUCGUACCAGUGAUAUUCAGUGUUCAAAUUUUGGUGUAUAUUGUUCAAAUUUAUUUCAAGGGAUACAUUAAUAUUUUCAUUAAAAUGAGACUAUACUGUCGAAUUCUACAACAUGCUUGUCCUUCGAUAUGCAUUGAACAUUUUUCCCAUAUCUACCUCAUUCUUUUUGUCAUCUGGACAGAAUGAACAACCUUAUAAUCUGAAAAAGGUACCAUAUAUACAAAAGAGUACAUAAAAUGUUUUCUGCAAGUACAAGAAUUUCUUCAGAGCAUAUACCUAGGACUGAAAUUAAAGAGUAAAAAAAGAACACUUGUGUAUGUCAGUUCAUCUAUGAAUUCUAAAGUUAACAAUUAUACUUAAUCUGGGAUCCCUGGGUGGUGCAGUGGUUUGGCACCUGCCUUUGGCCCAGGGCGAGAUCCUGGAGACCCGGGAUCGAGUCCCACAUCGGGCUCCCGGUGCAUGGAGCCUGCUUCUCCCUCUGCCUGUGUCUCUGCCUCUCUCUCUCUGUGUGACUAUCAUAAAUAACUAAAAAAAAAUUAUACUUAAUCUAACAUUUUAGUUUUAAUUAGGAAAGUUGUUCAGAAAUUUUAAUCUAUAAAAUGCAAGAAGUGGAAAUUAUUUUUUAUUUUAUUACAUUUUAUUUUUAGGUGAUCUUGACACACAAGGUGGGGCUCAAACUCACGAUGCCAAAAUCAAGAGUUGUAUGCUCCACUGAUUGAGCCAGCCAGGUGCCCCAGAAGUGGGAAUUCUAGUGGCUUUUAAAAAUGUUUUAAAGAAGGCUCCUAAGAGCCCCUGGAUGGCUCAGUCAGUUAAGCAUAUAACUCGAUUUCAGCUCAGGUUCCAAUCUCAGGGUUGUGAGAUAGAGCUCCAGGUCAGGCUCCUUGCUCAGCAGGGUGUUUGGUGGAGAUUCUCUCUCCCUCUCCCCCUGCCCCUCCCUGAUCCCCACUUGUGCUCCCCGCCUCAAAUAAAUAAACAAAUCUUUAAAGAAUGCUCCUAAAAUUAUAGUCUAAGUAUCUAUUGAGAGAAAUAUAUACCCAAAGUAUAAUUUAAACUUGGAUAAUUAUAUAUUUUACCUGUUUCCACAGCAUCUACGUUUUGUUUGUUUUGUUUUUUAAGAUUUUAUUUAUUUAUUCAAGAGAGACACAGAGAGAGGCAGAGACAUAGGCAGAAGGGGAAGCAGGCUCCCCUCGGGGAACCUGAUGCUGGGCUCAAUCCCAGGACCCCAGGAUCACGACCUGAGCCAAAGGCAGACGUUCAACUGCUGAGCCACCCAGGCGUCCCACAUCUACAUGUAGUUAAAAACAUCUUCAGUUAGUCUUAUUUAAACAUUCAAUAAAUGCAAAAAAAAAAAUAAAAUAAAAUAAACAUUCAAUAAAUGCUUAGUGUAUAUCAACAAUAUCCUGUCAGAUAGUUUUUUUAACUUCAUGGAGUUUAUACUAAAGGACAGAAAUAACAAAGAAAAGCUAAGAAUAUCUGUGAUAAUGACAAGUACCCUGAAGAAACUCAAACAGGGUAAUAGGGCAGGGACUGGGUUCUCCCAGUCUUCUUGCUUGAUGUAGAUGUUCAGGAGGACCUCUCUGAGUAAGGGACCUUUAAGCUGGGAUCUGAGUGACAAAGGACCAACUAAAUUAUUAUCUGCCUUCAGCCAAGACACGGUAAACAUACACAUGAAUUUAAGCUCUCUAUAGUUCCCAAACUGGGGACCACUGUCAAGAGGGAAAGACUGAGGUCAGGUCUGGCUUCAAACUUAGCCCUUAACUUGCUCAGGCCAGGCUGUAUGAGCCUGAAACAUGCCUUUCUGGGUUCUCACAGGCUUCAGGUUUCUGUCAGUAAAAUGAGGCCAAGAGCCCAGAUUCUAGGGUGCUGUAAGUGUUAAUUGAUACCUAUAACAUUCUUUAAGAUGUUUAGAUGAAACACCUAGGACUGUAUAGAGGGUUAUUAGAGCCUCCCAAGCCCCAGGGAAAAUCUCUCCCUAUCAGUAAUGUAAAUCUUCUCUUCUCCAGUCUGUAGCUAUGGGACAAUGGCUUUCAAACUUCUGGUAUUAAAAUCAAAGAUUGUCAUAAUGUGAACUCUUGGGCUGUUGGUCUGAGGUUCUGAUUUUCUCUGAGGUCCUGGGUUCUUAUCUUCUCAGUUCUGUGUUUUGCCCCCUCGUCAAGGGCCUCAUGCUUCCCAACACUCUAGAUUUUUGUCUUUGCAAAUGGACCUGAGUAUGCACUUGUCCACAUAUGCGAUGGUCAGAGACAUCUUUAGUCAUUUUUCCUAAGAGUGAUCCAGAGCAGAGACUGGGGAAGGCAGGAAUGUGUCUGUAUCUACUUCUCUACUGUCAGCAGAUGUUAGGAAGAGGAUUUAGGGGAAAACAUUUAACAAAAGAAGGGAGGAAAAGCUGACUGGUAGAAAACGAGAGAAGAAAUUGAGUACAAGGAAAGUAAUCCUUGUGUGAGGGUCAGUUCACGCUCCUUACUAUUUUUACUGAUGCUGAAUCCCAGUAUAGGGGCUAUUCAGGGCUUGAAUGACCAAUUUAUUCAUUCAUUCAAUAAAUAUAUAUGUAUUAAAUAUCUAUUAUAUACCAGGCAAUGUAGUCUAUUAUAUUCCUAUGUGUAGGAAUUCAAUGUGAAAUAAGAGAAAAACUCUGCUUUCCUAGAGUUUCCACUGUAAUAGGGGGAGACUGAAAAUAAAUAAAUAAAAUAAAUAAACAAACAAAUAAAUAAAAUGAUAUACACAUGAGACUAUUUCAGACAGUGAUAAAUGCAAUAAUACAACAUAAUGCAACAAAGAGGGAAGGUUAGUGGGUGAAUACCCUAGGUUAGGGGUUAGUAAUUGUCUCUCUGAGAAGAUAACAUUUGAGUAGAGACCUGAAUGACAAGAAGUCAGCCUUGGGCAUAGGGGAGAGGGAGUGGAUGGAAAGCAUUUUUGGCCAAGAGACUAUCAGUGCAAAGGCCCUCAGGCAAGGAAGGACUUUGGAAUGUUUGAGAAGGCCCAUAUGGCUACAGUGGAAGAUGACAGAGAGAAUAUUGCAAGGUGAAGCUGGAAAAGAUGAGGAUCUGUAUGGUAGGCUAUAUAAUGACCACCUUGGAAGAGGCAGUAUGGAUGAGGCCUAUCCCUUGGGGUAAGAAUAGUAGGGGCCAACCUAGAGUAGCCAAAACAAUCUUGAAAAUGAAGAACAAGUUGUAGGACUCAGUCUCUGAUUGCAAAACUUGCUUCAAAGCUACUAUAAUCAAGACAGUGUGGUACUUGCAUACAAAAAUAUAUACAGGAUUGACAGUCUGGGAACACACAUUCACACUUACAGUCAAUUGAUUUUUUGAUGAGAGUGCCAAGAUAACUCAAUGGUGAAGAAUAGUCUUUUUAACAAAUGGUUCUGGGAAAACUGGCUAUCUUCAUGGAAAAGAAUGAAGUUGGACCCCCUACCUCAUAUCACAUGCAAAAAUUAACUCAAAAUGCAUAAAAACCUAAAUGUAGGAGCCAAACCAUCUCUUCCUAGAAGAAAAUAGAUGGUAGGAUGCGUGGGUGGCUCAGUAGUUGAGCGUCUGCCUAUGGCUCAGGUUGUGAUCCCAGGGUCCUGGGAUCGAGUCCUGUAUCAGGUUCCCUGUAGGGAGCCUGCUUCUCCCUCUGCCUGUGCCUCUGCCUCUCUCUCUGGGUCUCUCAUGAAUAAAUAAAUAAAAUCUUAAAAAAAAAUAAGAAUAAAAAAGGUGGUAAUCCUAUAUGACCUUGGACUUGACAAUGGUUUCUUAGAUAUGAUACAAAAAUACAAGGAACAAAUUUAAAAAAUAAAUUAGACCUCAU